GCAUCCAAUAUAUAAGAUGGGCCAAUUUAAUGGUUAAUUAUUAUUAUUAUUAUUAAUGCGUACAUUUAAUAAGUUGAAGAAAGUGGCGAUGAUGCCGUACCCCAAAAACACGAACGAGGAAGCCAAAGCCAACAAAGCCAGAAAACCCAAACCACCACCGAGUUUCGUUUCUCGUUUCACCACCACUUUCUCCUCGAUGGCGCGAAAACCCCUUCUGAAGCAAACCCUAGCUACGCUCUUUCUCUUCUUCGUGCUUUAUGCAAUCUUCAACGCCUUCUUCCACCCCACCGAUUCCUCCGCCUUCGACGCCGCCGCCACCUUCUCCUCCGCCUCCUCUGUCCUCCUCUCCGCUGGCACCACCAAAUCCUUAUACGUCAAGGUUUUCCUCUACGAUCUCCCGCGAAGGUUCACCUCCGGCGUCAUCCACCACCACACGCUUGCGCGUGGUAGUGGUGGUGUUGGUGGCAGCGCCUCACGCGCCACCCCCGAUGACGUGGCGGAUGCGCUAAAGUACCCCGGGCACCAGCAUAUGGCGGAGUGGUACCUCUUCGCGGAUCUCUCCCGAGCCGAGUCCGAACGUGCAGGCUCGGGCUCGCCAGUGGUUCGGGUCGCGGAUCCCGAAGAAGCAGAUUUGUUCUUCGUUCCGUUCUUCUCAUCGCUGAGUCUCAUCGUGAACCCGGUUCGACCGCCAGGGUCGAAUUCCGGUUUGGAGAAACCGGUUUACAGCGACGAGGAGAAUCAGGAGGCGCUGGUGGAGUGGCUGGAGAAGCAGGAGUAUUGGAAGAGGAACAAUGGGAGGGAUCACGUGAUUGUGGCUUCUGAUCCAAAUGCGAUGUACCGAGUCAUCGAUCGGGUCAGAAACGCUGUAUUGCUUGUUUCGGAUUUCGGGAGGUUGAGACCCGACCAGGGAUCGCUGGUGAAGGAUGUGGUUGUGCCCUACUCGCACCGGAUCAGAACGUACCCGGGUGAUGUCGGUGUUGAAGAUCGUAAAACCUUGUUGUUUUUCAUGGGGAAUCGGUACCGGAAAGAGGGAGGGAAAAUUCGUGAUUUACUCUUUCAAAUUCUAGAAAAUGAAAAGGAUGUCAUAAUAAAGCAUGGAGCACAAUCCAGAGAGAGUCGGCGGGCAGCUUCACAUGGAAUGCAUACAUCAAAGUUCUGUUUACAUCCGGCAGGAGAUACUCCAUCAGCCUGCCGACUGUUUGAUGCUAUAGUUAGCUUGUGCAUUCCAGUGAUUGUCAGUGAUAAUAUCGAGUUGCCUUUUGAAGACACUAUAGACUACAGAAAGAUUGCUGUAUUUGUAGAAACUUCUUCAGCUAUAAAGCCAGGACAUUUGCUCUCAAAAUUGAGAGCAGUGACCCCAGAUAGAGUCUUGGAAUAUCAGAAAAAACUAAAGGAGGUUAAGCGAUAUUUUGAAUACGAAGAACCCGAUGGAGCGAUAAAUGAGAUUUGGCGCCAAGUUUCGAAAAAACUACCCCUUAUUAAAUUGAUGAUUAACCGUGAGAAAAGGCUGUUUGGAAAGGAAGUGGAGUGCUCUUGCGUAUGUACAAACCAGACUGCAGUUAUUAGAACCCUAUAGCACUUAUCCCUCUAUCAAGUUUGGCAUUCCAUGAAAUCUGUGGCUCACUCAGUUUUGUGAGGACAUUUCAAGGUGAUGAGUACAUUUAAAUCAGGGAUAAUGAUAGUUGUGAAUAUGGUUUCUCUCAUAUUUCACAUAUGGGUGACUUGACGAUAAUCUCAUUCUACUCAGCAACUAAUUCCCCAACAAAAUGCGUAUUGAGAUAUGCAAAAGAAGUUAUUACCUUAGAAAUCUUUCCAUGUUCUGCGAGGCUUGACUCAAAUCAGGUAUAUCUCGAGGCUGUGCAAUGCAUAGCUUGUCACCUGUCAUGCCCUACGAGUAUAAUACCCAAUACGUUCUGUUGUAGAUUCCAAUAUGCCCCAUAUAAGUUUACGCAUUGAGACCUAGACUAGGAGGGAGAAAUUACAUUAUACCGUGAUUGAAUUGUACAGGGUGAGAAUAAAGUUAUUAUUGUUAUUCUUAGAUCAUAAGAUAGUCUCUUUCUUUCUUCUUAUCAUUGAUAGGGCAAGUCAAAACAAUGGUGAAUGAUAGGUUGUUGCUUCCGCACUUCUCAAGUUGUUUCCUUCACUCUUUCUGGAAUGUUUUUCUUUUUUUCUUUUA